AUGCCUAAGCUCCCGGCUGGGGGCACCGGUGGGGAAAGCCUGGGGGUCGGCGCCCCCCUCCUGGGCAGCAGCGACUCCUCCACCCUGCUCCAGGCCGAGGUGCUGGAUCUGGACGAGGACGAGGAUGACCUGGAGGUGUUCAGUAAGGAUGCCUCAUUGAUGGACAUGAAUUCCUUCAGCCCUAUGAUGCCAGAUCUUUUCAUUACAGUUGAUGAACCCAAAAGCCACGUUACCAUAAUUGAACCUUUCAUUACUUACAGGAUUACUACUAAGACACCUCGUGGGGAAUUUGACUCCAGCGAAUUUGAAGUUAGGAGACGUUAUCAAGAUUUCCUUUGGUUGAAAGGAAAACUUGAAGACGCACAUCCCACUCUGAUUAUUCCACCACUGCCUGAGAAGUUUAUCAUGAAAGGUAUGGUGGGGCGCUUUAACGAUGACUUCAUUGAAACACGGAGGAAGGCGCUACGUAAGUUCCCGAACCGAAUUGCUGAUCACCCAAUUCUAACAUUUAAUGAAGACUUCAAAGUAUUUCUUACUGCACCAGCUUGGGAGCUCUCUUCUCCCAAGAAGCAAGGGCCUGGAUUACUCAGCAGGAUGACGCAGACAGUCAGAGCUGGUGCUGCAAUGAGAGGCGUAAAAAGCCGCCCAGAAGGGUUCACGGAAAUGAAUAACUUUGUUGAAGUUUUUAGCCAGAAAAUAAAUUUGAUAGACAAAAUAUCUCAGAGAACUUACAAGGAAGAAAGGGAAUGUUCUGAUGAAAUGAAAGAAUAUGGCCCAAUCCAUAUUCUGUGGUCGGCGUCAGAAGAAGAUCUGGCUGAUGCUCUAAAAGGGAUUGCCAGCUGCGUUGACAAAUGCUGUAAGGCCACUGAAAAACGGACGUCUGGACUCUCAGAGGCCCUGCUUCCUGUAGCACAUGAGUAUGUACUUUAUAGUGAAAUGUUAAUGGGUGUUAUGGAAAGGAGAGACCAAAUACAAGCAGAACUGGACCCAAAGGAAGCUUUGACCUAUAAAAAGGCAGAUACUGAUCUGCUUACAGAAGAGACUGGAAAACUUGAAGAUAAAGUGGAAUGCGCUAAUAACGCCCUGAAAGCAGACUGGGAAAGAUGGAGACAUAAUGUGCAAAGUGAUAUCAAGUCAGCAUUUACAGAUAUGGCUGAGGAGAAUAUCCAGUAUUAUGAACAGUGCCUUGCUACACGGGAAUCCUUCCUUGCAUCACAGACUGACCUCCACUUGGAAGAAACCUCUGAAGAUAAACCUGAAUCCCACUGAGGACAUCUGUGCUAUCUUUGGGAGACAGCAUCUAUUAACCAAAGUUACUCUUUCUGGAUGGACUGUGUCCUUUAUAAAGUGGGUGA